GCCAAGAGUCGCAGAUAGCGUUAGAACGAGUUAAGUUCGUUGUAAUAUUAAAAAUAACGGUUAAAAAUAUUUUUUUUCACACGUGAUAUGACACAUGACAUUUAUUUCUCAUCAGAGCUGAAUAACAAUGUAAUAGCAACAACGUUAUCACCACGAAUCGAGACUGUGGUGCGUCCCUCGACACACUCGCCGUGAAAUGUUAGGACACCACCACACAGGUUGUGAAAUGUUCGAAGUGCGCCGUUCGGGUCUCAGUUGCAAGUCAGCAUUGGAACACUUAGCGCUGCGCCAGUCAACACAGCGACCGUCACUCGGCCUUGAGAUUCAACACAUUAUCUUCUAAAGCACGAUGUUGUUCACAAUCCUGAUCUACUUGUUCUACUACGUGCUGUACACUGUUCUACUCGCCAUCGCUGGUCUUUGGUGUUUCGAAGAAUGCGCCCUGACUGAGGAAGAAGAGUAUGAGUUCAUACAUCACCAUCGAGCUAUGCCUUACUGAAGGCUCUAUACCGUCUGGAGACUACAUUUAGUCAGCGACAGUAGGAAAUAAACCUACGAAAGCUUUACUUCAGUUGUUAAAGUAAGUGACUUUAAACCUAUAAGUGAGUGAAGUGUCGAGUGUUAAGUGCAUAUAGAACAUUUCAAAAAUGUCUGGUUUCGUUAAAAUCGCCAUCGAUGACUACUACUCGGACAACAACUGGACCACCAUCAUCAACAAAUAUUGGAUGCUGGCUGAAAGAGUGUCGGACCCCAGGGUACAAGGAUGGUUCAUGUUCGACACUCCGAUAGCAACCUUCGCGAUGGUGGUCGCGUAUCUGGCAGCAGUAUUAAUUCUGGUACCUCUGUACAUGGAGAACAGAAAACCCUUCCGCCUCAAGAGGACCCUGAUCUGCUACAACGCCUUCCAGGUUUUGCUGUCACUUUAUAUGUUUUACGAGCACUUGAUGUCAGGGUGGUGGGGUGACUACAGCCUAACAUGCCAGCCGGUGGACUACAGUGACAGUGAAAAAGCCAGAAGAAUGCUGCAUCUCUGCUGGGUGUACUACUUCUCGAAACUAUCAGAGUUCGCGGACACGAUAUUUUUUGUUCUUCGCAAGAAGAAGAGUCAGAUAACUUGGCUGCACUUGUACCAUCACUCGCUGACGCCAUUCGAAGCCUGGCUUUUAGUUAAAUUUAUUGCAGGUGGUCACGGAACCUUCUCCAACAUCGUCAAUAAUCUAGUCCACGUGAUUAUGUACGCCUACUAUAUGAUGGCGGCUAUGGGCCCUCAGUACCAGAAGUAUUUGUGGUGGAAGAAACACCUCACAACACUUCAACUAAUCCAAUUCUUCAUGGUUUUGUUCCAUUCAAUCAGUGCUCUUGUGUAUGACUGCGGAUAUCCCAAGAUCAUCGCCAGCGGUCUCAUUCUGCAUUCAACAAUAUUCAUAGUACUGUUCACUAAUUUCUACAUGAAGGCCUACAAAGACGGACGCGUUCCGCCGGAAAUAGAGACGUGCAACAACAACAACACUUACAUUACAAACAGUCCCAUGAAGAACAACAUCCAGGAGGACUACGCGGGACAUAUGUUGAAACAAAAAGUGCAAUGAUUUACGAGUACAAACACGUGGACAAUAAAAUUUGAACGUUUCAUACGCCACAAUCAAUUGCACUGUCGAAUAUACCGUACGUCGUAAAAUAUUACCAAUGAUUACCUAUACAGUGUAACCUGUACAUUGUGCAUAGACCGAUAGACUUUGUUGUACAUAGCGAAUAUAUUAUAAAUAAUAACGUAAUCAUUAAAGUCGACGGCCGAUUUAAAUUAUGAUUCGGGUUUUAUUGAAUCAAUAAAACCCGAAUAUCAUAUAAAUAUUGAACGGUUAUUUAAGUAAAACGCUGACUGUUAUAAGACAUUAUUUUAUAUUCCACUGCCAGUUAUUAUAUUGUAAAUAAAUUUAAUAUUUUUUUUUUUAUAUUGAAUCACUCUAGCAAUGUCUGUAUCCCGGUGCUAUAUUUUUUUAAGAAAAUUUCAUGCUAUAAUGAACUACCUCAUAGUAUCAACUAUCAAACAUCCGUCCGUUAGGUAGGUAUAUACAAUGAGUCAAGUAAAAACUAUAAAACAUAUCCUUCUCUUUGAUUUUAAAUGUUUAUUUAGGAUUAGUUUUUUAUGUAACAAAAUAAUUAGAGUUAUUUUAACAACAGUAUUAGACUUAAAAAUAUAUUAUUAUAUUAUAGCUCCCAGUGGAACACGUCGUCAAGAAUAAUGUAACAGUCAGCUCUAGUUACUUUGUAUAGAAUGUAUUAUAAGAUAUAUCCUCUAAGUAAAUGUACGCUUUUCUAUAUUAAUAAAAAUAUAUUUAACAAA